CUUCCAUUGGUUGAUGCACUCAUUCAUUUCAUGUCAUGUCAUGUCGAUCUCUCAUGCAGACCCUUGCUCCUCGCUGCCCUUGCUCUCUGUGUCUGCCUGUGUCCUGCCUUCCUCUUCCAAACUACUCGCCAGCUUUGUGAAAUAAAACUGCCGAUACGGCUCGGGCAGCGCGCGCAACAACGGCAUCACCUGACUGUCCACUGUCUUCAUCGCCUUCACGAACGGCACCAGAUCCUUGUUGCCGUAUAUGUCCUUGCCAUCAAACAGCCCAGCCUUGUUCUCGAUGAGCAAGGGACUGUGGAAGAACACAUUCACCGAUAUCGACAGAUCACCAUGGUCCAACGCCCUCAUCUCGACCGUGUGCAGCCACAAAGCGGGAAUGAACAGCACGUCGCCGGCACUCAGACACCCCUCCCAUGCGGCAUCCAGGGCGGCUCUUGCUCGUGGAUACUUGUCGAAAUCAACGCCAGCCUCCCCCUCAGCUGACAGCAGCCCAACCACAGGCGAAGACGAGUCUUGCGGACGGAUGUACAGAUUGCCCACCUGAACACACACACAACAGAAACAGUCAACAUUGCAGAUCAUCCCCAGCCUGCUUGUUGGGUUCUGUGUCACCUGUGUCGGCGGGAAGAGCAGCACGCGCUUGGUGCCUUUCACUUGAGCCAGGAAAUUAUCAGGAACAUCGUAGUGAGCCCACAGACGCACUCCAGGGGUGGCCAGUCGCAGCACGGUCGAGAACAGGCACGAAUCGGGCGGCCGCAGCUCCUCAGGCAGACAGAAGUCCCCUUCAAUCGCCUUCCCGAAUGCCUGCAGCGAUGCUACAUCCUUGUAGGGCCGCUCGCCGAGAGCACGAUAGGACAGCCACUGCGCUGAAGCAGCUGUCCCAUUGCACCCGUCUUGGCCGUCGCUUCUCUCCCCACGUGCAGCCAUGCAAUCAAUAGCGUCCGCAAGCUUCAUAAGCCGAUAUUGGAAGUUGCGGUUGACGAAGUUGAGGCUUCUUUCCUCAGCCACGUGCACUGACACCUCCUUCUGACCGCACUGCUGCUUCAGGUACUGGGCAUCCCAUGUGCUUGCGCAUGGCCCGAUUGGGCACUGAGUGAUGAUGAGGGGCUCCUGCAGUCGGUAGAUGUCGGUCCAGAGGCCAUCUCGCGUCAGAGUCUCGCAAGGCCGCCGAGGAACGGGACGAAAAACCAUUCAGAUGAGUAGAUCUCGGUAUUCUGGCGUCAUCUUCCAACGGCACAGCUCACAGCGCCCUGAAUGGUGGUCUUGG